GCCCAGCGUGUUCACUUGGAUCCGAUUUAAUGGAGAGCUGUCGGACAGGGCCAUUCCCAGGAGCGAGAACCUGACCUUUAACUUCUUGAACAAGAGUGACGCUGGGAUGUACCAAUGCUCUGCCAGGAACAUCGUGGGCAUCGGUUUCCGGAACUACUCUCUGACUGUGCAUGACCCUCUCUCCCAGCUGACCCAAUCCAGCAUUGACCACGCUGUAAUCGGUGGCAUUGUGGCUGUCAUUGUCUUCAUCGUUCUCUGUCUCCUGAUCAUCCUGAUCCGCUAUCUGAUUCGACACAAGGGAACCUACCUCACACACGAAGCGAAGGGAUCAGACGACGCUCCAGAUGCGGAUACAGCCAUUAUUAAUGCGGAGGUCGGUCACUCAAGCUCGGAGGAGAAGAAAGAGUAUUUCAUUUAGAGGGGCCGAGUGGCCUCCAGCAGGAGUUAUGGUGGAGGGGAGGCAGUGCGGACUAGGCAUGGCGGGGGUGGGGGAGUGAAGGGAGGGAGGGAAUCAUGAUGGAGAGGCGCCUGGCCCAAACUCUGCCCCUUUUCCCCCUCCUCCUGCAGGAGAGAACAGCAAGAUCCCACUGAAGACCUGCCUGCUACCACAGCUCGCUAAGCCUACCCCCCCUCCUCUUUCUCCCUCAGCUUUGAGACUAUUCUCCAUUUCUCCCAGUGAACGUACAGCAUUGACCCCUCUUGACCCCAGCCCCACAUUCCAACCAACAUCUCUAGGAUGGCCAUUGACCAAGAUGGACAGGACGGAGGUUGGGCCCGGUCUGCGUUUGCGGGGGAUGGGAUUGGGCGGGGGUGUGUCCCAUUGACCGAUCGGGCCUCCCUCCACAAAACCCCUGCCCGCGCCUCCCCCCCCCACCCCCCAGUCCCCAAUUUACCUCCCAGCCCCUUUCAAUGCCCCACCUCCAAAAUCCACUUUAGACCAAUGGGAGAGAGAGCAAUGGGAUGGGGUUGGGGAUUGUGGAGGGAGGUGGGGGGGAAGUGUAGAGGGAGCUUUACUCUGUAUCUAACCCCAUGCUGUCCCUGUCCUGGCAGUGUAUCUAACAAGCCCCCACCCCCCACUGUGUAGAGAGUGUUCAGAAACAUACCCCGCCCCCCCAAACUCCCGCACUCCCUCCCUACAUUGUAAAUAUGAAAACUGUGUUUCUCGUUCUUUUCUGUCCGUGGAGUGUAUAUCUGAGUUGUAUAAAAUUAUCUGUGUUUGUUUUCUGGAUGAUCGGGGUAUUCCAUGCGAUUG